AUGGCUAAUAACAAUGCUGAUUUACCUCUUUCGUUAGUACAAUCUGAAGAUUAUGAUUUACUUGCCUUUGCAGCACAACGUAUUGUCGAUCAAGUUCUUAGUCAAUCAUUACUUCAUAUAAAUAAUGCAUUGGAUUCAAAUUUAGACGAAAAUAAAAAUAAUCAACAACGAGGACGUUUCAUAGAGCUAGAAAAUGAUGAAUGGCAAAAUAAGAGACAAGGACAAACAGCAGUAAAAUGGCCAACUAUUGCUGAAUUUACAAAUGAGCAUGUUGGUAUAGAAAAAAUUACUGAAUAUAUUGAAAAAGAAUGGAAAACAACACCAGGUGGCCAAGAUGCAUGUUGGCUAUAUGCAAUCGAUUUUCUUGAAAAAAAAUCUCUCGAAUUUAAUGAUCUUUAUAUUUAUCGAGUUCGCUAUUCUAUACCAACAAGAAGACAGCCAAUACCAAGACAAACGGUAUCUAUAUAUUUUACUCUUGAUGUUUCCAAAAUUAAACCUAAAAAUACACCUAUUCAAGUUUCGUUUCUAUUGGAAACAAUGCGACUAAUUCAUUAUCCAGAUCAAUUUCGUUUUCGUCAAACAUGGCUGGAAAAUAUUAUAUUAUUAAAAGAAAAAAUGGCAAAUGGAAUUGAUUUUUAA